UCAUAGUGGAGAAACAAAUCAAGAAAAUAAAAUAAGAUCUAAUUUCGUAAGGCUCUAAUCUUCUGUUUCUCCUUCCACCAUCACUUACCGUGUUCCCUUUCUCCUUCUUCACCAUUUCCAACCACUUCAAUUUCAUUCUUCUUCUUCGUUUUCACUGUCACUUCAAUUUUCCAGAUCUGAUUCUUUCACAUCUCAAUUCUCUUCAAUUUUCGGUGUUUGUAUCAGAUUCUUCAAUUUUGAUCAUUUUUAUAAUUUUAAUAAUUUUUAUCAUCAUUGAAUUUUGAUUGAUCUGAAUUGUUGUUGUUAGAGUGAAAUUGAAUCAGUAUGCAUCCUCGGCAACGUAGUCCGAGAGGCUUUUAUGCCUCGGAAUAUCGCAAUCGCGGUGGUGGCGGUGGUGGUGAUGGUUUUGGGAGAGGUUAUAAUAAUCGCAGAGGUUCUGUUUCUGCUGUUAUUGGUUCUGCUGCCACCGUCCCCGGUGGUGAUGGUGGUGGUGGUGAUAUUUUUGUGGAAGCAGGUAGGCUAGCUGCUGAGUAUUUAGUUUUUCAGGGAUUGUUGCCGCCGAGUGUAUUAUCUUUGAAGGUUUAUAAUCAGAAUGGUAGUUUUAAGAAACAUGUUGGUGGUGUUGGUGUUGGUAUUGGUGGUGUGGGGGAAAAUUUGGUUGAUGGAGGGAGGUCUUCGGUGCUUGCUCGAUUGGGGAAUAAUGCGGUUUCGGGUGUGGAUGGAGGGUUUACUGGGAGGGGGAAACUAGGGUUUGAACAGUUUGGACAAAAAGGUAAUAGUAGGAGGAGAGGGAGUUUCAAGAGUAAUGGGUUUGAUUUGGGGAAUAGAGAGUAUAGAAGGAAUGGAUCAUGGUCUGAUAGAUUUGUAGGUGGUUCGGAUAUUCGGGAUGAUGAAGAUGAUGAUGAUGUUGAUGGUGGUAUUGAUAUUGGUAGUGGUAGUGGUGUUAGACAGCAAGAUGAAGAGGAGCAUCGGAUACAACAGCAGAAUCAGGUUGAGGUUGAGGUUGUUGUUGGUGGUGGCAGUGGCAGUGGCAGUGGUGGUGAUGUUGAUACUCUGAUGCAGAAAUCGAAUUUGAAUGAAUUUGUGCCUGCAAGUGAGGAUGGGAAUGAUUUGGAAGGCGAGGCCGAUAAUAAUCAGGUGUCUGUGUCUGAUGGUGAAUUGUUGGAAUUGAAACAAGAUUCUUCUGGUGAAGGAAAAGAUGCGUGUGAUAUGGAUGUUGAGUUUGUUGGGAGUUCCAAUGAUUUGGAGAAUAUGACGAGUAUUGAUAAAGUUAAGGAGGUGGUGAAGGAUGGACUUGGUAGUAGUGGUGAUGACGGCGAUAAACCAAGUAUCUCGAAGAAUUCGUCUGCUCAAUCAAGUGAUCAGGAAAAUAGUAGCUCUGGCGUGGUUUUCACUGAUUUACUUUCACUAUGCAAAUCUGUUAAAGUGCCUACCAAGACACGCUCUUCGCUGACUCAUAAGAAUUUGAAAGCAUUUCCGCUUGCGAACAAUGUAGAACUUGCGAACAAUGUAGAACUUGCGAACAAUGUUGAACUUGCGAACAAUGUAGAACUUGUGAACAAUGCAGAAGAGAAUGUUCAUGAUAUUAUGGAUGUUCAACAACCUGGAGUCUUAGCUGAAAACGAGUCUAUUAAAGACUCCUCCUCAGGUAAUUUGCUACCUGACAAGACUUAUGAUAUAGUGCAUAUUGACUCGGACGCUGGCGAAGAGCCUGUCCAUUCUGUUGAGGAUGUUGAGGAUAUGAAAGAAUUGGAUACUGCCUGUGAAGCCGAGGAAGAUCAAUCUGUUGGGUCACAAUCUGAUAAAGGCCAAGAGUUUACUGCUGAAUUACCGGAGUUUGGAGGCUGCAGUUCCAUGUCUGAGGAAAGGGGUGAGAAACGUGUUGCAGAAGAAGAUGUUGAUGUCAGGGAAGACACCAAAAGACUGAGAGAAUGGCAGCCCUUGCCCUCCCCUAUACCAAAGACCGAGGCAUACUUUUUGCAUAACACCCCAAUUGAGGUCAAAGAUAGCCCAGAGGAAGAUGUAAUUCCAAUUUCACAUGUUGACAAAAUGAGUUUGACGUCUGAUCAAGGGAACCUUAUGAGCAGUUCUCAGUUUGUGGAUGAGGGAGAUAGGCCAUUUUUCCAAUGUUCAGAGGCGAAGCCACCAUUGCCAAGUUCAUUUAGAACUUGUGAUCUGAAUCUCAUUGAGACAUCUGAAGUUCAUGACAAUCACGUUGAUCAUCCGGUUCUUAUUUACUCUCCUGCUGUUUCUGACACAAAGGAGGCUGUACCCGUUGAUAUCGAUCUGUCCAUGAAUCAUGCUAGUGUAUCAGGCAAGUUCAGUACUCAUGGAGCAGAUGGCAAAGAGAUUGAAGUAAUUGAUCUAGAAAAUGAUUCCAUUCAAGAAGAAAAGGCAAUAGACAGUAUUGAUAGAAAGACAGAGACUAUGUUUACAGGCCUUGACGGUUUUUCCAGCCAUGCUCAAAAUGCUGCUGAUAUACAUGAUGUUCAGGAUGGAUAUGGGCUGAUGAUAUCAGAGUUGCUUGGGACAGAUUUCACAAACUGCUCUUCAGUAUCCGACGACAUAAAUUCAGUGCACAAUGAAAUAGGCCUUGAUAAUGGAACGGGGACACUUGCCGAGGAUGAUUCCAUAUACAUGUCGCUGGGAGAAUUAAGCUUUUUGCGCCCAUGGGAGCAGCCACCACCACAGGAUUAUCAAAAGUUCUGAUCCAUUCUCACUCAAAUCCUCUCAGGAGACAUUAUGCAGCGGUAUGUGUCAUAGUUGUACAAGUCAAAAGGUUACUAGGUUUCAAGAAAAGUGAAAAAGGCUGCUUUGGAUAUUUUUUCUCUCCAAUUUUAUAAACCGUCUCCUGUUUGGAAUUACAUAAGCUAAUGCCUCUGCAUCACAACAUGGCCUUUAGAUUGUAUUAAGAUUUAGAGAUGCAAAUUUGUAAAAUAGCGCGGUGUAAUAUCACGUAUGUAUUGGCCAUCUGUAGGAUAAAAUGGCUUUAAAUCGACGUUUUAGUUGAGAUAUCGAGCCCGUUAUAGUUAUGUAAUGUGUGCCUGUGAGUUUUAAUUGAGAAUCCAAUUUUAUAACA